CUAGAGAGCAACAAUUCAUAAAAGAUAGGGAAUCAAUUUACAUGAAGUAUUAACGUUAUUCAUUGCUUAAUGACGCGAAUUUCUCUCAAGGUCAUUAAAUACCUUAGUUUAAAAUAAUUUAAAGUGUUUUCUCUAGUGAAUUUAACCCGGAAAUUCGACAAAAUAUUAAGCAAUCAAACGUCAAGAAAUAUUUUUAUUAAAUGAAAUAGUCUAGCAUCGACUGGCUGUGGCAGCUAGACCCCAGUUCUUUUGGACGAGCGUAAUUGUUGUGAAAAACUCCACCACGCAGAAACCUGUGUUGGCUUGUAUCCUAAAAAGUUCUAGAAAGAAUACCAUGACGUCUAGAGGUAAAUCAGAGACUCACAAAUUGCAGCAAAAUCUCGAGGAGCAGCUAGACAGACUUGUGGCACAACUUGCUGAUCUUGAAGAGUGCAGAGCGGAUCUUGAUGAUGAUGAGUAUGAAGAAACCAAGAAAGAGACUGUUGAACAGCUGAAAGAAUUUAAGGAAUCUUUAGAUAAAAUAAUUGCUGGUGAUAUGACGUUAGUGGAUCAUCUUAAUGGCAUGCAACUGGCUAUUCAAGCAGCAAUAAGUGAUGCAUUCAAGACCCCUGAAGUUAUUCGUAUGUUUGCAAAGAAACAACCAGGACAACUUCGACAGAGACUGUCAGAGAUGCAAAGAGACCUGAAGACUGGGCAUAUGGGCCAAUCUGUCUACACACAGCAAGCCAUUGAGAUACUUAUGGCAUUGAAAAAGCUGGGAGAGCAGCUAAAACCUGAGGAAACAGAAUUCUUAGCUGCAAAUUCCAAUGCAGCUCUGAGCUCAUUUGAGAAGGUUGCAGAAAAUUCAGGUGCUGGUGCCAGUCUUCUCAAGGUUGCUGGAUCUCAAGUAGAGGAUGCUCAAAAGUAGAGCAUCAGAGUAGAGCUACAGUGAGGACGAAAUAGGGACAGCUAGAUAAACAAUGGAAUUUAGGAGAAUUAGCAUAAGCAAUAUGGUUCAGAGAUUUUAACUUUAGUCAUACUUCUCGAUACUUGCCAACCCCAGAAGCUUGUGAUUUAAAUGUAGGAACAAUAGCAAAAAUUUCAGAGACAUACAGUAAGUAUUUUUAAAAUUUCAUUUUCCUGGCCGUGAGACUCUAAGUUAACUGGGAGAGUUGGUAAUGUAAGUGGUGUUUCUUGACCAUGUUAAAAAAUCUGGUAUAAAGCUAUGAAUAGACACCACACAUUUAAAAUGCUAGUGAAAGCAUCACAUUAUUUUCUAAAACUACUUUUAGCAUAAAAAUACAAAGGAUUCUUCCCCCUUGACACCGUUUCUUAUAAGAUUUAGUAAUUCCAUAUGCCUGCUUGGGGUAUGGGUUUGACUUGGUUUGUGGUCACCCAGCUGCCCCAACCCCUCUUUGCUACCAAGAAGCAUUCAUUAUACAAAUAAUCACUGGAUAUUCCACCUCUUUGUACAAAAUCUAUUUUCUCUGCACUUUAUUUUGAUAAAUACUGGCUAUAGCUAGCUAGCCCUAACUCAUCUACUAAUUUUCUGAAGGCAGUGCCUGGGAAUUUUUACUGGACUUGUGUGUGACUUUGGAAACAUGAAUGAGCUUUUACAUAGAUGGAGAACAGUUUUUUUUAAAUCAAGGUAUAUAUUUAUAAAUAGGAACAUAUACUAAAAUAUAGAAGUUUAGGUCAAAAUCUCUCAUGGCUAAGUGUACAACAAGAUUGUUAAAAAAAACAAAUUUCAUUCAGAAAAGCUUUUGUAGAGAGACUAAUUUUUGUCACUUUAUUAUUUUAUGAUUAAAUUCUAUCGACUAUAUUAGGAACCUAUAAAUAAACAGGUUACUGAGCUUUGAGAAGCUUGAUUACAAACAAAGGUAGCCCAC